GGACGUCAUCCACCGGAAAGGACGCGACUUUUUUUCUCUUGGCCAUGGUUAUUGACGCGUAGCUUGAACGCAGCUCGUUGAACCCCAUGAAGCAUAUAAUGCAUCCAAACAGGAACGAGCCUGUAUACUCGGACGAUAUACCAGCGGUCGCCCAAGCUCCUUGGAACAAGGCUUGCAUGGCACUUACAAUGCCUCCGAAUCUACUAUGACCCCCAUCUCCCUUAUGAUCGAAAUCUCCAACGCGCCCUCCUCCGCAUCAUCUUCCUACUCCUAAGUAGGCUCACCCUCCCUGUGAUGCACGACGAAGACGAAACGUGGUUUUAUGUGGCCCAAGGUCGGGAGGCAUUGCGAUGCGAACGUGAAGUUUUGGGGUAAGAAGACGGUAUUGAUGAUGUGCAGGGGACGGUUGGGACUAGGCUAUGGGCCGGGAAAGGGGUCACCUUUGGCCAUAUGCAUGUGACCGUUACCAGUGGAUUAUGGUGCAUAGGCCUAUUUUGGAGUGAUCACUCCAUCGAGAAGUAUAUAAGUGAAGUGGUCAGCAAAAUGUAUAUGUGGAUAUAAGAAUCAUUCCAAAUGAUGCGCAUACAUCGGCCUUACCCCAGUGAAGGCAAUUAGGACUACACGAUAGCAAUGUCUCGCCGCAUUUACGCUCUCGUUCUCACUCUUACCUUCUUCAUGCUCCAAAAUCUGAUGCACCCAUACCUAUCAUAGCGUCAAUGGACCAGCUGGACGUGCCGUAAAUCGCUAACGUCGGUGCCGAAGAGCUCUGGGCACAUGUCCUGGGGCUUUAUAUACUGAUGAUGGCGAAGAGGCGCUUUUACAGUCUCCCCUUCCGUACCCCAACAGGCCCUCGAUAGCUCUCGAAGUACGCCUUGGCGAGAUAGUCGAUUGGUUUUGGGUACUUACUCGGCCAGGCUAAGAAGAUCACUACCACACCGAAUUGCAACAAUGGACGACGUAGAAGCAGCACUUGAAGCGCACCAGACAGCAGCAGACAUUGGCGAGGAAGACUCUGACGCCACAAUCAGCGCGAUCCAAAAAAUCAUCGCGUCUUGUGCCGACGAUGACGAGGCCCUCCCUGUCCAUCUUUCUAUAGCACUUCAGCUAACCGUUCCUAGUGAUCCUGAUCGUCCUGAGCGCUUAUGCGCUGUCGCCGUCGAUUUAGAGGCUCUUAGCCGUCUCGAAGGCGAUCCAUCGCUCUUGAAACGCAGUAUAACUCUGGCCAUCGAAGCUGUUGAGGCAACACCAUUGGACGAGGCCAAUGCACAGAGUCGACGAGAGCGUCAGUAUAAUCUUUCAGUUUCUCUUCAUGGACGAUACAUCCGUGAUGGGGAUAUAUCAGAUCUCACCCGAGCAGCCGACGAGCUGGACAAAGUCAUCCAGAAUGCUGGAGGUACGGAAAGCGAUCUUGACCCCGAUGUCGUGCACGAGCUGGCUAAUAUACAUUACGACAUGUAUGAGCACAGAGGAGGCCUUGCCGAUCUAGAGAAGGCCGUCGAUCUCUACCAAAAUGCUCUCACUUCUGCUGAAGAGACCAAUUCUGAAUCUCAGGGAAGGAGAAUAUGCGCUGCUUUAGCACGCGCACUGCAUGCUCUGUAUGCCGCAACGGGCGACGGAGAACAUCUCGAGCUCUGUAUCACUCAUAUGCGCAAAGCGCUCGAGCUCACCUCUGAGGACUCUAUUCUAUUCGCGGAUUACCAAAGCUAUCUAGGAGCCUUUCUAGGCCGACUCUACAGUGCUACUCGACGCGUCAAGUACCUCCGCGAAGCCAUCGAACUGGAACGUGGGUCCCUUCACGCCACAAGCGAUGAUCACCCACUUCUCGCCCUACGAUAUGCUAAUCUUGGAGAGUCCUUGGGUGUUCUCUACGAGAGAAAUUCACAGGAAUCUGUGGGAUCUGAAGUCAUAGAUAUGCACCAGAAGGCAUUCGAGAUUAGUCCAACCCAUCCAUGGUGUUUCUGGUGGAAGACUAAGCUCUCGAGCAUCCUCAUGCACCGCUUUUCGCAACAAGGCCACUUCUUCGACCUCGAUGAAGCUAUACGAAUCUCCCGGGAGGCGACAGAGAGCGUCUCCCCUGACAAUCCCUCCGUAACCAUAGUUCAUAUGAGAUACGCUAUGGCUUUAGCGCUUCACGACGAACGGGAACCGCAUUCUCGAGUGAUUAUUGAGCGAUCAUUCCGUACAGGCUUGCGCGCACCUGGCACUCUGCCCAACGACAAAGUCGAAUGCGCCCUGCAGUAUGCAAACUACGCCGAGAAACGAUUGAGUGCUGUCAAGGCUAUUGAAGGAUACGAGAUCGCUUUAGAUCAUAUCCCUCAAGUGCUCUGGCUAGGGAUGGCCGUCUCCGACCGAAGAAUUCGUAUGCGAAAUCUCAACCUCGUCUCCAUUGCCUCUGACGCCGCUGCAUGUUGUCUCGCAGCGGACCAACCAGAGAAGGCCAUAGAGCUACUUGAGCGUGGACGCUCACUUGCAUGGUCACAGGCAUCCUCACUUCUCACUGAUGUCUCCGAUCUGGAUCGAGCAUAUCCAGAAGAGGCAUUGAAAUUCAAGGAGCUUUCCGCUCAACUCACAGUGUGGAAUCGCAGAGGCAGUGGCCACCGCCGCCAUCACGACGACCAAUCUGCUCCCGUGACCCCUUUGGACCAAGGUCAUCGCUUGACCCUCGAAUGGAACGCGCUCGUUGAUCGUAUUCGUGACCUUCCUGGGUUUCAUCAUUUUCUGAAACCUGCUACAUACUCCAGGCUAGCUAAGUCUGCACAUAACGGGUCCGUCGUCGUGCUUAAUAGCGCAAGGAGACGCAACGACGCUAUCAUUUUACCGCCUCACGGCGACAUAUUGGUUGUACCUCUUCCUAACGUCGCAAUCCCUGAACUCAAGGCGUUUGCCCUGGAUUCGUCUCGUGGACGUGGACGUUGUGUGCGUGGCGUUAAGCAAGCCGUUGAAGACGAUGAUACCUCCCCUUCAGAGGGUCCAAGCUAUAUUCAUGUCCUUAGCUGGCUCUGGGACAAUGUCGUCUCUCCCCUCAUUGAACCGCUCAAGAAGUUAAACGGAUCCUCUCAGCGCAUUUGGCUAUGUGCCACAGGGUUGUUUACAUUCCUUCCUGUACAUGUUGCAGCGCCUUCGAGCCCAAAUUCUGGUGAAUUGCCCGGCAUUCUCGAUCAUUUUGUCGUAUCAUAUACGCCAACUAUUACCGCACUCCUGCGUGUUCAAGAAAAUGCUUUGAAUAUCAAAGAUGAUGAAUUCAAGGCUCUCAUUGUCGGUCAACGUUACAGCACCUUCGAGGGCUUUGAAACUCUGGCUCAGACGACGGCUGCAUUGCAAGCCGUUCUGCCUCACAUCCCGGCACGGAAUCUCCUUGUUCUCCAAGAUCAGGAAGCGACAGUCGCACGAGUCGUGGAAGAGCUCGCCACUCGUUCAUGGAUUCAUUUCUGUUGCCACGGACAUCAGGAUGUUGAACCGUUGAGUAGUAGCUUGCAUAUGGCGGACGGAGGAUUGAGCAUGGCAGACUUCGCAGGGAUGCGCAUCCAGCGCGUGCAAUUUGCCUUUUUGUCUGCGUGCGAGACGCGACAGGUGGUGCCCAUGGAUAUGCCGGACGAAGCCAUGCAUUUGGCUGCGGGUCUCCAGUUUGCGGGCUUUCCGAGCAUCAUCUCGACGUUGUGGACGAUCGACGACUAUACUGCUCCAAGGGUUGCUGCCGAGGUGUAUGCAGAUAUGUUCUCAGUAAGCGACAACCCUGACCCCGGGCAGGCUGCUGUGGCACUUACGCUCGCGAUUCGCAAGCUGAAGAAAUCGAUCCCAUUCGAUAUGUUAGUCCCGUUCGUUCAUAUCGGGCUUUGA